ACUGCUCGUGACAAGGCCGAGAGUAUUUACAGCUGGAGAAGCCUAGAAUUUUGCGAGAUUUUGAUCAUUCAUUUCUUAUGAAGUCAUUGGCGUAAACAACAACAGGGCAGUGAUACAGCUGACUUAAACACAAUACUAUAACCAACAACAGAGUCGCUAUGACGAUACCAAUCGAAGCCAUAUACAAUAGAAACAGGUUUCCAAGUGGACCAUAUCUUCUGUUCCUCCUCCUGUACACCCCACUAGGCCUCGUAAUCUUCGUGCUGCGAGUGUUUAUAUCCUUACAGUUGUUUGUAGCGUCAUCCAUCCUCCCCCACAACACAGUCAUAAGAAGGGUUGUGUUGCGGGUGCUCUAUUCAGUCCUAGGGUUGGUGGUGCAGGAGGAGGAUGUGGAAAAGAAAGAUCAUAGUUGCCGCAUCAUAACAACCAACCACAUCACACCCUUCGAUCACCUGGCAGUGUCCAUGGUUAUGCCCUGCGUCACACCAAGUGUAUAUGACUUGCCCAGUGUUCUCUCUUCGCUGCUUUGCUACCGCGACCUGGGGGUGACGCAAGGCCGCGAAGCUCUCAGAGCAAAUGCUCGCUCCUACCUCAGUGAAAGCAGCAACCCUCCUCUGCUCCUCCACCCUGAGGGAGCCACCACAAGUGGGGAGUUGGCCCUCAUGAAGUUUGGAUCGUGGGCCUUUGAAUUCAACGGAUCAGUAUUAGUGGCUGGCAUCCGGGUGUGGCGUCUCCCCCUCUUGCCCGUGGCACCCUCAGUCCUCGGGGCGUCAUGGGUCGCCGACCUUUGCUUCAUGUUCUUCUCACCUGUGACUGUGUUCACCAUCAAAUAUGUAGGAAACAUGAGAAGAGGAGAAAGUGAGUCGGCAGAGGAAUUUGCUGCCCGCGUGCAAGUUGCUUCAGCAGCUUCCCUGUCUGUGAAGACAACCAAUCAUACGGUCGCAGACAAGGUGGAAUUUAUGAAGAGGCUGGCCAGGGAGGCUGCAGCUGCAGCCAACCCCAUGCUCAGUCCUGAGGUGCACAUCAUGGCCCAGCAGGUGCAGGAGGUGCUGCCCCACAUUUCCCUGGAUCAGAUUAAGCGUGAUUUAGUGCGUACGCAGAAUGUCGACCAGACAAUUACCAACUUCCUUGAGGGUAACGUGCCAGAGCCCAUUCCUGAGCCUCGCCCUGCCACCCCCAGCCCUGCAGCCUCCAGCCCUACCCCCCCACCAGCCACACCCACCACCACUCACCCCCAUACUUCAUCGCCCACAAAUAGUGCUUCUAAGUCGACGCUGGAGAUGGCCACCUCUCUUGCAGGUUCAUCGGAAACUAAUGUUUCCCUGAAUACAGCAGCAAAAUCCUUUGGAAAGUCAGCAACAGAGAGAAUGACAUCUUUCCAGACGAGAAAAGCACAGCUCAUAGAGAAUGCGAGGAGAAAGUAUAUUGAAAAGCAUGGCUUACAGUUGCCCAGAAAUGAUUGCUGACAGAUUAUAUGUUAAGUUUUUCUUGCUCUUCUUUUUCACCCCAAUGCCCCUCCUUUUUUGUUGAUGAGUGGAGUUAAGCUGUAUCAGCCAUUUCUUAAGGGAGUCAGGAAGUUUGCUCAGAACUUUGGUCAUGGUGGAAUAUAGAUUUGAGUGAUAGUUCUGCUAAUGUACUCUGUGAUUCUUACCUUAAUAAGGGUCUGUUUGUGUAUAACUAAUUCUUUUUUGUAGUGGUACAUUCAUAAGUAUUUUUUUUUUUCUUUCACCUUUUCUCUCUUUUGUUCUUGUUAGGUAUAUUAAGAAUUCAGCAAGGUCACUGGAUUUGUUAUUUAGAAGUUAGUGGUAAUGUGUGAUUCAUGAUUAACUGCUCUAUAAGUUAUUUAGAAUUGUUACAAACCUUUUAUUCUAUUUUACUUCACUCCCUUUCCAAUUAUUGGAUUACAUAAUUACAUUAAACAAAUAGAAGACAAAUCCUUUUAUUUCUGUAUAAAGAAAAGCUAAUCUCAGUUGAUAUUUAUUAUUACCAAAAACUGCAGGAGUUGAUGUCGUAAUUUGGGCUAGACAUUCCUCUCUCUUCUUUUAUUGCUUUUGCAGUUUCCCAACAGUCUUUCAUGGAAGCAGACGAUUUCAUUAUUAUUAUUGUUAUAAUUAUUAUUAUUAUCAUCAUUAUUAUUGUUAUUUAUUAUCAUUAUCCCAGUAAUCAAGUUUUUUCUCUGUGUGUCAAAUAAACAUUUGUAUUUAUUAUCAGUGUUUUGAAUAUUGAGGAUUCUAGAUACUCUGACAUAGAUACUUGACCUGAGAACAUGAAUAACACUUGAAUGUAAUAGUUUGGUGUAUAAUACAGAUUUUUUAACCUUUAUUCUUUAUUUUCAUUUAUGUUUCGUUUGAAUAUAUAUAAGAUUAUCCACUCAUGGAAAGUCUGGAAGCGGAAGGUCUGAUUAUGAAUUGAAGAAAGAGAAAUGCAUUGGAAAUAGCAAACAGUGUGAAAGGCAGUGUUAAUGAGAGGGAAGUGAGAGGUUGUUGUUGUGUUGGUUUUGUCUUAAUAUAUUUGGAAAAAAACCAAAAAGACUGCAAAAAUAUUACAGGUAAAUAGAUGUGUGUUUUAUAUGACCUUUAUUUAUUAAUUAUUAUUAUUUUUUAAUUAGUUUAUUUUAUUAUAUUUAUUUUCUUUCUUUUUCUGUGAAUCUGACUGGAAGAAAUGGAAAGCUUUGGUGGAGAUGGUGUUAAGUACAGUACAAAGAGUUGAUAAACAGAAUUUAAUAAAGAUGACAAAAGACAGGUAUUUAGCUUGAUUUUUUUUCCAAGGGAUACAAAAUACACAAGAUAAUUGGAACCUUCAGAGAAAAUGUAAGCGAAAAGAGACUCGAGUAGAAGGAAAUAAAAUACAAAGCUCUUAUGAAUUAUUGAAGAUUUUUUUUUCCCCCUAACAUGUUACAAGUAAAUGAAUGAACACCAAAACAUAGCCUUACUAGAGCAUUAUAUAUGAAAGUACGCCACCAACUUUUUGGCAUCUGACAGUCCAGCACUGCUAAUCCAAGCAGAAGUAUGAGUAGACAAGUAUUUUCUGUGACUACCAUAUUAGUUCAUUGUGCAGGCAUAGACAGCAUAGAGUGUGGCACAGAGAGACUGUAUGCUGGUGCAUCUCCCAUUUUUUUAACCCGAUUUCAACAUAACAGUAUUUGCUAUAGCUUGGGGUGACUACAAUAGAGAGUUCAAAGUAGCUUAACAAAAAUCCAUGCAUGUGUAUCUCGUAUCAAAUAAUGCAAAAUAAUUUACUAGGAGGUUAGUUUCUUGUCAUAUGUUUUGAACCAUGAUGCAGGCCAGAUUUCAUAAUUUUGCAGUUUUCAGUUUAGAUACAUAAUUAGUGGAUUGGUCACCUGCGACAUCAAAGAGAAAUGUUUACUGGUGCAAGGGUACAUCUAAUCAUAUUGUAAGUCUGGGUUCCAUGGCUGGGAUGAUGCUUUGGGAAAACAGCUGUGGCCUCGCCAUACUUUAUUCAAAAUUUUGUUCUUUGUGAAUGGGUUGCAUGUAACCUCUGUCUGGCACAGUGUAAGAUCCAAAUUUGCCGGAAAAUUUAUGGUGCAUCUGUGUGUUAUUUUGUAUACAUGUAUAAAAAAAAGAGCUUUGUCAACAUCCGGAAGCAAACUUAAAGAAUGCUCUAAGAUAAAAGAAAGAAUGAUAAAUGGAAAUUAAUGGUUGGUCUGUUUUUAUGUGUUUGGAACUAGGUAGACACAUGUAUGUAUAUAUUAUCAACAUCUAUUGAAUGUGCACUAAAUAUUUCUAAUUGUACACAGAUGCCUCCAUGUUAAAGUACAAAUAGGGAAGUAGAUAAUUUAUGGUAUUUGAGAAGUAAGAGGCAUGAAAGAAGCAAAAUACACAAACACAUUGCUGUCUUUAUUGUAUAUAUAUAUAUAUUUCUUUUCUUUUCUUUCUCUUUUUCUUUUUUUUAUCAGUUCAUUCAUUCUGAAAAUGUUAUAACACAUUACAUAUCAAACAAGUCAACUUUGUCUUAUGGGCAAGAGAAAAAAAAAAAUUAUUAGAGGUUUUUGAAAACUGUGCCAUUACUUGACUCCAUUGACAAUAAUAUUUUUAACUAAAAUCAUUGUUGGCUUUUUACACCUUUUUUUCUGCUGUGCUUUGCCUGUUUCCUAUAAGUUUAAACAUAUUAUUUGAAAAUAUUCAGUGUAAAUGUGGGAUGAAUUUUUAUUUUUCACUAUGUUCUUAUUUUCUGAAGUAUCUUUUUAGGAAGUCAGUGUUCAUCAUGAAAAUAAUUUGAGUUCAUGACUGACCCAUGAGUAUAAUUUGAUAAUGUUUACCUUCCAUACAUUCUUCACCACAAGAAGAGUAUGUAUACCAGAAAUGCUCGAAUAGAACACAAAUUUACACUUUUUUCUCAAAGAAACACAGCAGCAGCGUUUCAGUUCUCGUAUUUUACCUCUCUUCAUUCACAGGGAGAUGAUAUCUGUUACAGCUUUUGUUUUAAAUAUGGUAAGUUGAUGAAAUACACAUAAAAAGACAGAGCAAGUGAAGUCAUCCAAGAAUAUUAUUGUAUUACCAGUCAAUUUCAAGCUAAUCUCGUUAAAUUAACCCAUAAUAUCAGUCGAUCAAUAUUGAUAUCAGCUAAUUUUUAAUACACAUAAUUUUGAACUCCCAAUGUUUUAUCACACUCAUUAUUAGUAUUUUUAAUUACACACCGGAAAAAUUAUUAUGAUCCUGAUGUCAUCACAGGCUAGUAAGAGUUUAAAUUUGAUGAAAUGGAAUAAUAACUUGAAUCUUUCCAAAACUAAAAUAUUGUUUUGCAGUCACUGAAUUUUUACCAGAAUAAUCCAGAUUAUUUUGGCAAAUCCUUUCAAAACAGAACAAGGAAAAUCUGAUUCUCAAUGCUCUCUGAAAAUUGUAAUUUUUCUUUAAUGAUAUAUUUGAAUAUAUAUAGUAUGUGUAUCAAAAUGAACCCUUUCUAUUGUUUUCAUGUGGUUUUUGUGAUGCAUAAUAUGAAUGUUUUAUGUAAGAGUACUUAUGUAUAUAUUUGUAAGUAAUAAAUCCUUCAGUCAAGAUGUCGGAAAAUUCCAUUUUGACGCCAAACUGUAACUUUGGUUGAAAGAAAGUUUUCUGAAAACAAACUGUGGCCAUAUUUGCAAUUUCUUAAUCACUUUUAUCUGUUUGUCACUUCCCAUUCAAUCAAGAGUAAUGCAGUGCUUCCUCUACUAAUAUAGAAGAAAAUUUUAUAUACUCAUUAAAACUUAUCCUUUCUUUAUAAACAAAAUUUUCAAAAUUUAGUAAUUGGUUAGUUAAAGUUUGUUGCAAAUUCCAUGCAAGCAUAAAUAUAAUGCAGUGUUUUUUAUUCAAAAAGAAUUCUCUCAGAUUUUACCUUCGUAGUUUUUGUGGCCAAAAGAUGCUUUGCAAUUAACAAUAACUAAAGUUAAUUUUAUAUCUUAAGACCUUCAUAAGUGAGGGAAAAAUAUUCAAAAUUAAUAACAUUUCCUAAUCUGCUUUGGUUUAAGUCCUCUCUCUCUCUCAUCUUUUUUACUAUUAUAACUUUUAAAGGUAAGAACCACACUGAGCAGACUCUCUUUAUUGGUAACUCAUAUAUUCAUAAAAUACAGAAGUAUCAUAUUUCUCUCUUCAUGUGUACUCUUUUCUCCCCACAAAAUGUAAUAAUAUGCAGUUAUUCUAAAUUUACAUGACCAUUGGUCUAAGAAAGCCAAUAUUCGGGAACCUUGCAUGCUACUCAUCAAGGUUCUUUCUUUAUGAUGUCGACAAAAAUUUAAAUUGCUGUUAAAUAUGAAAGCUAAAUUUUUGUGGUGUAGUUCGUUGGAAUAUUUUUUGAAAAUCUUUGGAAGUUGGUCUUUGAAAUGCAUAAUCCUGACUUGUAUGAAUUAAUAAAAUUUUGUUAAAAUGA